AUGGCUUGUGUUGCAUUGACUUCUCUGAUGGCUACCAUUGAGCUUGAAUUUUUGCAUCCCAACCACAGAGUGUCUCUUCUUCAUCAUGAUGAAAAGCCUUUGAAAUCUCUGCUUCAGAAGCUUUCUUCAUUGGAAGCCUUUCUGGAGAAGGAAUACAACAACGCUGUGGGUGGUGUUCCAAUCCAACGACAUCUGCUAAACAAAAUCAGAGACUUUUCACUCAAAGCUGAAGAUGCCAUCGAAAUACAACUCAGUAACAUCCUUCAACUUCAACAAAAAGCUCAUCAAGGGGAACUCCAUCUCCAUCUCCAUCUCCAUCAAAGCUUGCAAGAAGUGGCAAAGGAGGCAGAAGAGUUGUUGAAGGUUAUCAACAAUCAAGAUGUUUCUCCUCCGUUGAUUGGUUGGUCAGAAGCUGCAGCUUCUCACCCUCACAACAUUAUUGUAUCGUCGUCGGGUGUAACCUUGCAAUGCUCUCCACUGUUUAAGGAGUAUGUAGUACCGGGUAUUCGUAGCUAUUACUUGACAUUGAAAGCGAAGCUUCUUGAUGAUAUCUUAUCUCCAGAACGAAGUGUAAUCACAAUUGUUGGAGUCCCAGGCAUUGGAAAGACUACUUUUUGUAAAAUGAUGUAUACAGACAAGGUUGUACCACAUUUCGACAUUCACGCUUGGAUUACUAUUCCGCCAAGAUACAAUGGGGAUGUGCAACAACUACUGUGCCACCUUCUUCAAUCAAUGAGGCCAACCCUCCUCAAUCAAGAAAUUGACAUGCUGCAGGGAAGCACUGUUUCUCAACUAAAAAACCAACUGCACAAACACUUGAAAUGCAAGAGAUAUUUCAUUGUUUUGGAUGAUGUCCCUAACACUCUGCUUUGGGAUGAUAUCCACCAAUGUUUUCCCGAUGAUUCAAAUCGAAGUCUGAUAUUGCUAACCACUCCUUUCACGGAUGUGGCUGAGUACAUCAGCAGAGAUAGAGAUUCCAUCAACAUCCUGCCUUACCUAGAUGGUCUUCACAGUUGGUUUUUAUUUUCCAACAGAUUUUCUCCUAAAGAGCAGAUGACACCUAAAUUUGAAGAAAUUGCGAGGCAUCUUGUUGAGGAUUGCCGCGCUCAAUUGUUACAGUUGCAGACCUGGUUUGAGAGUUUUGAUGAUGUAGUAUCAAGUAAUUCAAAUUUGCAAACACUUACUGUUCCUGGCAUUGAAGAAUCAACACUUGGAGCACGUACUCUUCAUGUAUUGCCAUCCAAAAUUUGGGAGUCGCAACAUUUAAGGCAUCUCAAACUUGGGGAUAUGUAUAUGAUAGAUCCUCCAAACAUGGUUAAAGAGCAUUUGCAAACAUUAGUUUGUACAAUGCCAAUUCAUUUCAGGAAAAAAGAAGUGUAUUAUUGCAAGUUUCCAAACAUAAGAAAACUGAAAGUUGUGUAUAAAGAUGUCUUAGUGCCGGGUUGUAGCGGUGGGCGAUGUUGCAGAAAUCCUAUCAUCAUUCUGGAGAAUUUUGCGGAUUUAUUGAUGUUGGAGAUUCUAACGGUUACGGUUCCAGUUGGUAGUAUAACCCUUUUACAGCGGCUUGGUUUUCCUGCAAAUUUGGAGAAGUUGAGGUUGAGUGGGACUAAUUUUCCAGUGAAGGUUUUAACGGUAAUUGGACAGUUACCGAAGCUGAAGGUACUGAAACUAGAGAAUGCUUUCUAUGGCAGAGUGUGGGAAUUGGUUGAAGGAGAAUUCCCAAUAUUAGAAGUGUUGGAGAUUGAAUCCAGAAGUCUGGAGCGAUGGGUGGCCAAUACAAAUAAUCAUUUCCCAAUGCUUCGGGAGAUAUUCUUAAAACGUUGUUAUUCUCUAGAAGAGAUCCCUCCUAUAAGUGUAAAUAAGUACCUACGGUUUUGGACAAUUAAGUUGGAGCAAUGUCAUCCUUCUGUUGCCACUUCUGCCGAGAUGUAUCAAGAAGAGAUGAGGCGCAACAAAUAUUUUGCACCUCGCAUUAUUUUUGUUGACACUUCUGCCAAGAUGUAUGAAGAAGAGAGGAGGCCGCACAACGAAUUUGUUGUACCUCGCAUUACUCCAUUUUGUUGA